AUGCUUCCGUCGAUAUCCAAAUUCUUGACGGUUGCCGCUGCGCUGUCAGCAACAGCCUACGCAUCUCCACAGGGUUGGGGUGGCAGCAGUGGCCAAGGUUCAUCGAGUGGCAGCAGUGGUCAAUCCGGAAGCGGCAGUCAAGGCGGCAGCGAAAGCGGUGGUGAGAGUGGUAGCCAAACCACCAGCGAAUACUAUGGAUCCUCCACAUCGGCGACAUCUGCCUCGGCUGUCGCAGCUUCGACGGCAACCUCGACAUCCGCAGCUCUGGCUGAUGAUGUAGCCUGCAAUGGCUCGCACGACCUCUGUUCACGAACAUAUGACAAUAUCACACACAUGGGAGCCCACGAUUCCUCCUUUGUGCGAGAUGACAGCACCGACAACUCGAUUGCCGGAACACAAUAUUACAACGCUACGUACGCAUUAAACAAUGGCUUGCGCCUCUUGACAGUUCAGGCCCACGAUUCCAAUGGUACCAUUGAGUUGUGCCAUACCACAUGCAGUCUCCUUGAUGCCGGCACACUGCAGAGUUUCCUCGAGGCAAUCAAGUCGUGGAUGGACAACAACGCGGACGACGUUGUGACACUUCUCAUUGUCAACUCGGACAGCUUCAACGGCACCGACUUUGGCCCAGUCUUUGAAGCCUCUGGUAUUGACAAGUACGGAUAUACACCGACCGGUACCGACUCGAGCUCAGUCACUUGGCCUACACUCCAGGACAUGAUCAACGCAAACACCCGCCUGGUUACUUUCAUCGCAUCCUACACUUACGACUCUGAUUACUCUUACCUGCUCAACGAGUGGGACUAUGUCUUUGAGACUGCAUACGAAGUCACUUCGCUUUCGGGCUUCAACUGCACCAUUGAUCGUCCCUCGACGUACAGCUCGGCUUCCUCGGCCAUUUCAGCUGGCAUGCUACCUCUCGUCAACCAUUUUGCCUACACUGUCGUCGCGAGCUACGAGAUCCCCGAUGCCAGCGACAUUGACACGACCAACAGCCCUUCUACCAGCACCACCGGCGCUCUUGGCUUGCAUGCUCAGACUUGCAAGUCCGAGUAUGGACAAAAGCCGACUUUCAUGCUGGUUGACUUCUUCAACAAGGGACCCGCCAUUGAGACGGGCGACAGCCUAAACGGCAUUACUGCUUCGGGACGCUCCAACAGCACUUCUGCAGACGGCAGUAGCUCGACAAGUGAUGCGGAUCGCAUCGGACACAGAUCGUUUGCAGCUCUACUGGCCGCAGUGGUCAUGGCUGCUCUACUUGCUUAA